AUGGCUACACGACACGCCUCGAGAACUAUCAUCGAUGCUGUACCUCUAUCGCAACCAAAGGCCUACAUCUGUCGACAAUGCAGGAAGAACCUGAGGCCAUCUCAAGUUGUGUUUCAGCAACGACGAUACGCCUCGAAAAAGGCUGAGAACGAUUCGAAUGCGACAGGAGACACCUGGACCGAGAAAAUUCGAUCAAAGCUAUGGCAGGGGAAACCACCUGGGCCUGAAAACAUUGACGAUGUCUAUGGUGGCCCUGGAUUCUUCGCAACUAUGGCUAAGGAGAGAAAAGAGAAGAAGCAACGUGCUGCAAGACAAGCUAGACAGCAGGCUGGAUUAGAAGAGGCUAAGCCGGAGCUGGACUCGCAACGAAAACACGAGGUUGAACGAAAAUCCGAGCAGCUCUCCGCGGAAGCACAGCAACGAGUUGUUCGAGCUGAACAAGAAACUGAAGUGGAAGCCUUGUCAGCUUCAUCUCCAGCCAGGCCUUCGCAGGUAAUUGAGGAUCAAGACGAGGGGGAAACAGUAGAGCGUACAUGGCUACCAGUCGUCGGUUACAAAGGAGACUGGAGAGAACUACGAGAUAUGAAUUUGCCCAUGAACAGAGCCGACGAAUAUAACCCUUGGUUAAAAGCUUCGGAUCGACCCAACUGGACCUACAAUCAGCUUGUAUCCCUCUUUCAUCGAGCCAUCGUCGAAGUUAGUGCCUGCCACCUCCACGCAAUCGAUUCUACCACUUCAACGGGCAUUGAGGAGCAUUUUGAAAGAGCAAAGAUAGAAUUCUCCAAUGAAGGCACUCCAGUAAAUGUCCACAUUCCUCAUUCUGCAGAAAGCGCGACGGCAAAGAAGCCAAACACCAAGAGAUUCUCCAGCAGCACCGAACAAAGCUGGGCUAGUCUAUACUCAAGUCAAGGCUUCCAAAGUGCUCCUACACCAGAAUCAGUCUACACACCAGCUGAUACCUCCUUCCUCAACUCCCGACUGAGUCUCCAGAACAAGAUCGUCUUCCAGAUCCUCCAAUACUUCUCGACCCUCACCCGCUGGCGUAUUCCCGACCCCAUCCUCAACGACCUCAACAGCGCGGACCCGGACAAAAACACCAUCGGACAUUUCCUACAAUCCUUCGCGAACCACACCAAAGCAAAGCCCAUCAAUCUCGCCGAGCAGCUUCUGGGCAAUGAGAUACUCGCUGAGCAUGGCAAUCUGCUUGUGCUGGGGAGACGAGAGACGCCUGUUGAUAGGGAGAAGGAGGUCGGGAGAUGGAAGCUUAUUGAGGCGGAGUUGAAGGCGAGAGGGUUGCCGGUGCUUGGGAAGCGUCAGGUUCAGUAUUGA